AUGUCCACCAUAAUCCCCUGGAUUCGCAACCUCUUUGGAGACGGGACCAGCCUCACGCGUCCCUUGACUAAGGUAGCCAUCAUCGGCCUUACAGAAGCCGGUCAACGAGCUCUGCUUGAGCGUCUCAGCGACACGCCCAUUUCCCCAGUGACGAUAAACGGCUGCCAUGCGGCCUGGCAGGGCAGCAGUAAGACACUUGGACUUGCGCUCAACGCUGUAGAAGUGGGAAUAGAUGGAUUUCGCAACUGGCGGGUCUCUGUUGCGUCGUUGUACACGGACGCGGAUGCCCUGAUCGUCGUGGUCAACAUUCUCCACUCAAUUCGUCUGGAGGAGCUACGAUGCGAACUUGACUCUAUAGUCAACGGAAGAUGGGAACGUGGAGAGAUCCAGACUUACUAUAUCGCCAGGAAGGGUAUUCCGUGGCUUGUGCUUGCGAACUUUGAAGAUCAAAUGGUGGACGAAGAGAGGGCAAAAGAACAGGUUGCCUCGCUGGGUCUAGAUGGAAUGGAUCUUGAUUGGUCACUUCACCCCAUCUCGACGGCCACUGGACAGGGUGUCGCGGAGUCUAUUCAGUGUUUGACGCAGACCCUCGAGUUGAAUGUGAAAAGCACAAAGCCGUGA